AUGCCUUCUAGUUCAACGGAAUUUUCAUUGCCACAAAAUGUUCCACAUGCCGAUGUUCCAAGAUUUUACUUCCCAGCUGGUAAACCAGUGCCGAUGAACGAUAAUGAAGCAGCGUUACGGCGAGUAAACGAAGUGUUUAAUCGUAAUGGCGGCCGGAUUGAAAUGAUUAACAUGGGUGAUGUCUGCAAAGCUGCAGGCAUUCCAAUUUACUGGAAACGUGCGGUUUAUGAUUCCUGUUGCGGUCUUCAACCACGACCUAUUGGUUUAGCCGAUUUUGCGUGUUGGUGGAAGAGUGCUAAUGAUGUGAUAACACUGUGUGGACAUCAUAAACAAGCCACCGGUUUUAGAAUGACUGCAACAGCUCAUGAUGAAGCGUCAAGGUUCAUUUAUACGCUGGCGGGACCCAGGCGUAAUUAUGUUACGAAAGAAGAUUUUGCGCCAAUCCUUCAAGAUCUCAUCGAGAGCUUCCCCGGUUUACACUUUUUACGGGAAGCUCAAGAAUUUCACUCCAGAUUUGUGGAAACAGUUACAGUAAGGAUUUUUUGGUCGGUUAACAGAUCUUGGACCGGAAGAAUUACUGCUAAUGAACUUCGACGUUCGAAUUUUUUAGAGACGGUACGAAAGUUGGAAACUACUGACGAUAUCAAUACAAUAACAGAUUACUUUAGUUAUGAGCAUUUUUAUGUCAUAUACUGUAAAUUUUACGAAUUGGACAAAGAUCAUAACUUAGUUAUCGAUAAAAUUGAUAUGUCGUCACAUUCCAAUGGAGCAAUACCGCCACGAGUGAUCGACCGAAUCUUUAGUGGUGCAGUUACUAGGGCUCCACGUGGUAAAAAACAGGAUGCUGUUGAAACCAUCACCUAUACAGAUUUUGUCGCAUUUCUGUUAGCCGAAGAAGAUAAAAAACAUCCGACUAGCAUAGAAUAUUGGUUUCGCUGUCUGGAUCUUGACGGUGAUGGACUGUUGUCGUUGUAUGAAAUGGAAUAUUUCUAUAACGGUGUCAAAAGUAAAAUGGAUCAGCACAAUAUUGACGCAAUGCACUUUGAAGACGUUGUUUGCAAUUUGCUGGAUUUAAUACGGCCAAAACAACCAAAUGUUAUAUCGCUGUCUGAUCUAAAACGAUGCAGUUUAUGUACGCGGUUUUUCAAUACGUUUGUUAAUUGGGUUAAAUACUGUGAGCAAGAAUCCACAGAAGGAGAACGAGCGACAGUGACCGAUGGAGAAGAAGAACUUAGUGAUUGGGAUCGAUAUUGUCUGGAAGAGUACGAGAGCCUUAUGGCAGAUGAUCAGGAGAACGAAGAACCGGAAAAUAUGUAG